CAGAAAUCUCACGGCAAAUCUCAAAGCCAUUUCCGCUGCUUUCACUUUCCUAAUCAAAGAAAUCUCACGGCGCGGCCAUCAUCCAUCAUAUCUAUAUACAUAGCAAGAUGCUUCAUCUUUCUCAUCAUUCAUUCUCGAUUAUCAAAUUCACUCUGUCUGUCUGUCCAUGAAGUCAUCUAAUUCCUUCUCUGACGACGACACUCUCCAUUUUAUCAGAAGAGACAGAAUAUGGCUCCCCACCAUCAUGAACAUGCCCAAAGUCUCUCCUUUCUUCUGCCUCUCCCUGAUUCUAACCUCCAUGCUAGGCUUCUUCAUCCUCUACUACUCUGCAAACCCUUUCACCAACACCCCUCCUCAUCCUCAUCACCAACUGGGUUUCAGCUCCCUGCACCUCCCACACGACGAUGAACAAUACAAGAGCUGCGACCUGUUCAAGGGCCGCUGGGUCCCAGACAUCAAUGGCUCCCUCUACUCCAACUGGAGCUGUUCCACCAUUCCGGAAUCCAAGAACUGCUUCAAGAACGGGAGGAGGGAUGCGGAUUUCGUGAGCUGGAAGUGGGCGCCGGACCAGUGCGAGCUCCCCAGGUUUGAUCCCGGGAUUUUCCUGGAAACUGUUAGGGACAAGAAAAUGGCAUUCAUUGGGGACUCACUUGCCAGGAACCACAUGGAAUCCCUGCUCUGUCUUCUCUCCCAGGAAGAAGUUCCGGUGGACAUUUUCAAGGACCCCGGCGACCGGUUCCGGACAUGGCAGUUUACUCGCCAUAACUUCACUCUGAUGAUCUUAUGGUCCAAGUUCUUGGUGAUGAGCAAGGAGAGACUGAUCAACAACUCCAGUUCUGGCGUUUUCGACUUGCAGCUCGAUAGAGUUGAUGAUAACUGGGCAGCAAAACUUUCCGGCAUAGACUUCGCCAUCAUCUCCGAUGCCCACUGGUUCUUCCGGAAGAUUUACCUGCACGAAGGUGGCAAUAUGACCGGUUGUGUGUACUGCAGCGAACCGGGUGUCACAGACCUUGGCCUGAGCUUUGCGCUGAGAAUGUCAUUCCGGGCAGCGCUCAGCCACAUAAACAGGUGCAGCGAGUGCGGGUUAGGGAUGACGACUCUGUUGAGGACAUUUUCACCGGCCCAUUUCGAGAAUGGGACGUGGGACAACGGAGGAAGCUGCAACCGGACAAGUCCCCGGGCUGAAGAGGGGAACGAGUUUGGCAGGUUCGAGUUGGAACUGAGGAGCAUCCAAGUGGAAGAGCUCGAAAGGGCGAGGAGGAAAGGGAAGGGAACAGGGAAGAGGUUUGAAGCUCUGGAUAUAACCAGAGCCAUGCUAAUGAGGCCUGAUGGGCACCCUGGAUCUUACUGGGGAAACAAAUGGAUGAAGGGCUACGACGAUUGUGUUCACUGGUGCUUGCCAGGCCCCAUUGAUGUCUGGAACGAUCUCCUGAUGGCGAUCCUCAAGAAGAACUCGGGUUUUCCUCUUGAUUAAGGGGCGAUUAGCAUAGUUCUGCACAUAAUCCUAUCUACGAUGUAAAAGCAAGUUAAUUUUUUUGAGUUCUUUCCGGAUUCGCUAUUGAUAUAACCUUCUUGUAUCCAGCGCCGGCCCUCAGAUUUUAGAAGUCUAAAGCAAAAAAUUUUUAUGAGACCCUCUAUAAUUAUAUUUAAAAAUAAAAUUAAUAUGGAU